AUGGCUGACAUCCGGGCCCUCUUCUCUGAACAGGCUGAAAGAAGUCAUGUGGGGGUGAGGCGGGGUGGCCCUCCAGGAGGCUUGGAACUGUCCUCUGCCUCUUCUAAUGGCCAUCCUGCUCCUUCUCUGCCCUCUCAGGGAAAGGGGCUUUUUGCCACACAGCUGAUCCGGAAGGGGGAGACCAUCUUUGUAGAACGGCCCCUGGUGGCUGCACAGUUUCUCUGGAAUGCACUUUAUCGCUACCGAGCCUGUGACCACUGCCUGCGGGCACUGGAGAAGGCAGAGGAGAAUGCCCGGAGGCUGACGGGGAAACCCGGCCAGGUGCUGCCUCACCCUGAGCUGUGCACUGUGCGCAAGGACCUCCACCAGAACUGUCCCCACUGCCAGGUGAUGUACUGCAGUGCAGAAUGUCGGCUGGCAGCUGCUGAGCAAUACCAUCGGGUCCUGUGCCCAGGCCCCUCCCAGGAUGACCCCCUGCAUCCUCUCAAUAAGCUGCAGGAGGCAUGGAGGAGUGUCCACUACCCCCCUGAGACUGCUAGCAUCAUGCUGAUGGCCCGGAUGGUGGCCACAGUGAAGCAGGCUAAGGACAAGGAUCGCUGGAUCAGGCUCUUCUCCCAGUUCUGUAAUAAAACGGCCAAUGAGGAGGAAGAAAUUGUCCACAAACUCUUGGGGGACAAAUUCAAGGGCCAACUGGAGCUUCUGCGGAGACUCUUCACAGAGGCCCUUUAUGAGGAAGCACUCAGCCAGUGGUUCACUCCAGAUGGAUUCCGGUCUCUCUUUGCUCUUGUUGGGACCAAUGGCCAAGGAAUUGGGACCAGCUCCCUGAGCCAGUGGGUCCAUGCCUGUGACGCUCUGGAGCUGAAGCCACAGGACCGCGAGCAGCUGGAUGCUUUCAUUGACCAGCUGUACAAGGACAUCGAGGCAGCAACUGGCGAGUUCCUUAACUGUGAAGGAUCAGGCCUCUUUGUGCUCCAGAGCUGCUGCAACCACAGCUGUGUCCCCAAUGCAGAGACCUCCUUCCCAGAAAACAACUUCCUUUUGCAUGUCACCGCCCUGGAGGAUAUUAAGCCAGGAGAGGAAAUCUGUAUCAGCUACUUAGACUGCUGCCAGCGGGAGCGCAGCCGCCACAGCCGCCACAAGAUCCUCAGGGAGAACUAUCUGUUUGUCUGUUCCUGCCCCAAAUGCCUGGCAGAAGCUGAUGAACCCAACGUGACCUCAGAGGAGGAGGAUGAAGAGGAGGAAGAAGGAGAGGCAGAAGAUGCAGAGCUGGGGGACGAGAUGACCGAUGUGUGAUGUCACCAUGCCUGGAAGGGGCCCUACCCCAGACUCUGCCAGAAAAUGGGGCCUUCCCCCAGAGAAGAGGCUAGGAAGGAACUCCCCACUCCCAUUGCCUGCUUUCCCCCCAUUCCAGCUGUUUCUGCCAGAGGGCAGGACAGAGGCUGGACCCUGGCCCUCCACUCCCCACCAGACCUCAUGCCCUGGACACUGCUGCUGAGUGGCUCGGGUUCUGCGCUGUGGCUGAGCCUUUCAGAAUUGGCCUCCUGAUGUACUCCAUUCCAGAGUGUGAGCGGCUGGAACCAAGGUCAGGGCCUAACAGUAUUUCUUCCCCUUUGGCCCCAUGCCUGCACCUUCCCAUCCAUCUGAGGCCUCACCCCUCUCUACUUGCUAUUGAGGGGGUACAAAGUGGCAGUCUGAGAACAGCCUUACUUUAUUGAAGAAGAAAGAAGAGGGGGUGCAUUGCCCUCACCUUCCCCACUUCCCAUCGUUGUAGUUUAUAAGGGCAACUGCCUGACUACUACUAGCACAGCUGGGUGAGGCAGGAAAGGAACUGGGCCUCCAGAACACUUUCCCUAAGGCUCUGCCAGGAAACACUGAGCCAGGGGAAUUACCUUCCUCUCCUUGGACAUCUGGGGGAGUGGAGACUAACUCCUUCCCCAAACUCCAGAAUCUCUAUUUUGUGCCUUGCCUUUCAGGCCCUGGCACAGUGGCUGGCCCCACAGGGUACGGAAAAGGCUUCUGCUUCCCUCAGAAGGGGCGUGUGGGUGAUCAUUACCCCUUCCUCACACCACUUCCCAUUGAAGACUCUAGCAGCAUGGCUGAGACCUGGGGGUGACAGGCCUGUGCUCCUUAGGAUGCUCCAAAUUGUUCCCUGGGACCAGUUGAAUAUGGGUCAGUUAGGGGCUCUCCUGGCCUCAAUCCAUCUUUAGGGUCUCCGCAGAGGAACAUUGAAGUCUUCCAGAAACCUAGAAGAGCUGGGUUAGAUACUCGGAGAUUAGCCCUGACUGUAUCCUCCAACCCCAAAUUAGCAGUACCCCUCACUCUUGUGUUGGAAGCUGUAGGAAUUAUAACCCAUCACCUGCGAUUCCUUUCUGCCUACCUUCCCUAAGGGGUCUUCACAUCCCCCUGCUAAGGGAUCCUACGAAGACAGGUGCCUGCCCACAGGCCCUUCCCUGGAUUAUGAGCCAGGUGGAGCCUUUCUGUCUGGCCUAUUGGGUUCUUGCUCCUUCACAGCAGCCAGCAUCCCCUCCUAUCCCCGCCUGCCCACUCUUCUCAAUAAAAUGUGAGUGGUGACAGGCUCUGAA